CUAUGGAUAGCCGAGUGGAAUCCCUCUUCAAAUUUAGUUUCAAGUUUUAACCAUUUGCCCACAAGUCUUAACCAUUGUCUAGAAGAGAGGGAGUGAGAAUUCAUGAAGCAAAGAUGGUGAACCCAAGAAGAAACUCUUAUGGAGGUAACAACCAAACCCCAGAAAACCCUUAUCAAUCCCAAUCAUAUUCCCUAAUUUCACUUCUUAAUUUGUUGAAAAAGCCUCAAGCUUUUCCAUUUCUUCUCUCAAUCUUCCUUCUUCUCACUUGGGUUUCUCUUAAAUUGCAACAUUCUUCUCAUUUCUCUUCUCUUUCUUAUGAUUCUCAAAUAUUGAGUAAAGAAGAAGACCUAAAAGCCAAUUUGGUUAGGUUUCUUCCUUCUAAGUUGGCUAAAGAUAAAAGGGGUUGGCUACUUAAUCCUGUUGAUAUUGCCCAUGACGCUGGAAUUUCUGGUGGGGCUGUGACCUGUGCUGCAGUACAUGUCGGUGAAAUUCGACCAGGAGGAAUUAGGGGGAAUCACAGACACUAUACUUGCAAUGAGACGUUCAUCAUUUGGGGUGCUCGCGUCAGGUUUAGGCUGGAGAACAAUCAAGUGGCAGAUAAGGGUUACGCUGAAGUGUUAAUCGGAGCAGACGAGGUCGCUGUUGCUGCUAGCCCAAGCGGGACAGCUCAUGUACUGGAUUUUCUCAUAUGGAAUGUGUCUGGGCCUUGAAGAUUGGGCCUGGGCCUUUGAUUCGAUCGUAAACGGGCCAAUUUGCUCUUUCUCUUGGGCUAUUAAGCCUCCACUGUGGCAUGAAUCAGAGAGAAUUGUGAAGCUUGCGUUAGGAGGUAACUUGUUUACUAAUUGCCUGAAAUCCAUAUCUGCAAAAGGAUGAUGUCUUUCUAUUAUUCAUUCUUUUAUAAUGAUCAAUAUUAGGGAAUUCAUGAUAAGAUUAAAAAUUUUAAACGUAUUAUUCUAUUUGGUGAAUCCCGUACAGGCAGAAGUCGACAAGGGCUAUAAGUCGAUCCAAAAUUAGGUUUUAUUGUUACAACUGAGAGACGGAUUUUCGGAUGGGUUUGGGCAGAGUGACUAAGGAAUAUGCUCCAUUAAGCUAAGGACUUAAUGGGUUAAGUUUAGAUGAUCACUUCUAACAUUACAAUUUGAAUAAUCAGUCGGUCUCUUGAGAGACCUCUUCUCAGGCCCAACCUAUUAAAGCUUAAUGCUUACUUAUUGUAUCUUUAAUAUCUACUUACAUCAUCCUUAAUGAAAUGGUCUCUCAAAAAGACCGUUUUUCAUAAGAAUUUUUGUUAAAUAAUUGGCAAGUUGAUGAUUUUGUUUAAAUAAAGUCUAGGAUUGAUUCUGAAGGAAAAUUAGAAUUGCGAUGAAUAAGGGUUUAUAAAGGUAAGGGGGUUUGAAAAAUGGGGAAAACACACUUUUGUGGUGAAUAUAUCAUUUUAAAUAUGAUUGUAAGAACGGUAUAUUAGAUAUAUCUAUCUUCUAUUUACAAUUUUACCUAGAUACCUAAAAGGCUAAACGAUAUCGUUUAAGUCGGAACAUUUAAUUUAGCAUUUAAAUGAAUAUGUAAGUUUUUCUUAUUAAUAGAUAAACCAGCUAACCUGUGAUGAGAUUGAAAUCACAAGGCACAAUAGCUUCAUCCUUUUUUUGAGCCUCAUUAUUCAAAGAAUAGGGAUCAAAGUCCCAUGACCACUAUAAUGAAAGUAGAGUACAUCACCUUCAUUAGCACAAUCAACCAUAUUUUCGAGUGAUUUCUUAAUGAGAACGCCAGUAGGCAGGGCUGAAGAGCCAUGCUCAUCAGUUAGUAGCUCGAUAUCUUCAUCAUUGAACCCAAACCUCUUAAUAAGCACGCUUUUCAUGGCCAACCUUUCAACUCAUAUUCUGUGUUUGGAUAGUUGCAAUCUACUAAAACCGCCUUUCUUUUGCGUCCUAUUUCUUUCAUAAUGCUUAAUAUUUGACUAUUUACUAGUCUUAAACAAGUAGUUCAAUGAAUAUGAGAAAAAAAAAAAAAAAGUUUUGUAUUGGAUAUUUGGUAUUUUGUUAUGAUAAUGAAUGUAUAUUACUCAUAAUUCAUUAAUUGACAUCAAAUUUAUAUUGCAUAACACAAGUUAUGGGUUGUUAAAUUUAAGUAUAAGCUACUCCAAUUUGUUGGAAGGCAAGACACUCUUUACCUUAAAACGGGUUUCUUGAUUAUAUAAGCUACUAUAACAAAUGGACAUUUUAAUUGAUGUUUAUUGUCAUCAAAUGCUUAAGAUUGUACUCUGCGGUAUUGAUUUUGUUACAUUGUGAAAAUUAAUGUAAGAAUUAUUUAUAUAUCGUGUAGUAAAACCCAAGGCUUAAAGAGAGUAUCUAACUAUAAGUCUAUAAGUUACUCAUUAUCUUUUUUUUUUUUUUUUUUUUUUUUUCUCAUUUUUUAUGUGCAAGACAUCUUUUAUUCUUCACUUAGACAAAUAAUUCUAUUUGUUAAAAAAUUUUAAUACGACCAUCUUUAUUUAUUUUAUAUGACUAGAACUUAUUUUGACUUGAUAGAACUUUUUUAACCAAAUAUAUUUUUUUGAUCAAAACUGAUUUGUACAAAUUUUAACUUAUUUUAGUAAUUAGGUAAGUUAAAACAUUACAUUUUAUUUAUCUUUAUGUCAUAUUGUCACUACAUUAAGCAUUAAUAAAUUAUAUGCAAUUAAACAAAAAUUGAGAUCUUAAAAGAGUAUUAUAUCACUCCAUUAGGGAUUGACAAACGAAAAGGUGACAUCAACGAUGUACACAUGCUGAUUAAGUUAACCUAAAAAACUUUGGCUGCCUUGUGAUUUGGGUGGUCUAAAUGGACAAGUUUUUUGGAAUUAUAUCAAACAUAGGGUAUUAGGGUGUUUAAAAAUAUUGAUUCGAAUUAUCUGAUCCGAAAUAUUCGAUAACCGAUUUUAUAAAUCGAAAGGAAAUCAAAUGUCGAAUCGAAAUAUUGACAAAAUUGGAUACCUGGAUUUUCAAUUUUUAUUAUUUUCAUGGUAGGAUAUCCUGUUUCUCGUGAAAAAAAAAAAACGAUAAUAUGCUCCAAGUGAGAUAAAGAUAAUUCACUAAACAC